UCUCGAGAAUCGAUCGUUUGUUGUUUUUGAAUAUUAUGGCUGUGUUCGAAUGAGACACGGAUCUUUUCCUCUGCCCCGUUCCGUACCAGGUACAAGCUGGUGUCGACGCUCAAAAUUCUAGUGUACACAGCCAUUUGAAAUGACAGAACGGUUCCCCGACUCGGGUUCAUCGACGUGAUAAUCAGCGAGGCGUGCUCCGGCUCCUUGCGGAGUGUGAACUGUAACAUCUCUGGCGACAAAAUUGAUUGAAUCACGUUCAAAGAAGAUACGGGUAGGCGCCCCGAAGGGGGAAGUUGGAGAAACUUGUCACGAUACAGAAUAAAAAGGAAGUAAGUUAUCUGUACGAAGAAACGAAAGGAGACGAAAGGUGUGUAACGAAGAAGAAGAACCAGUUAUCUGUUAUCAGGAUCCGAAGUCCAAUGAAGAUCCACUGGCAUGGCCACGCAACUCAGCCCCCGAAAUUCGGAGGUGAACGCUCUUGAGCAGCGGGGCUAUCUUAUUGGCAAAAAAAUCGGACAGGGCUCGUAUGCGACCGUACACCUGGCGGAAUAUGUGGACGGAACGAGCUCGAAGAAAUUACGAUUAGCUUGUAAGAUAUUCGACAAAGAAAAAGCACCGCUCGAUUUCCUCAACAAGUUCUUUCCUCGUGAACUCGAAAUCCUUACAAAGAUUGAAAAUCCUCAUAUAAUUCAAGUGCAUAGUAUAUUGCAGCGUGGUCCAAGAGUCUUCAUAUUCAUGCGCUAUGCGGACAAUGGUGACCUCCUGGAUUUUGUAAAAAGAAAUGGUGUUGUACCGGAACAACAAUCGAAGCUUUGGUUCAGACAAAUGGCUUCCGGUCUGCACUACCUCCACGGGAAGAAUAUCGCCCACCGUGACCUUAAAUGUGAGAACAUUCUGUUAUCCAGGAAGUUCAAUGUCAAGCUUGCAGAUUUUGGUUUUGCGAGAUUCUGCGUUGAUCACGAAGGUAGACGCGUUCUCAGCGAGACUUAUUGUGGCUCUGCGGCAUACGCUGCACCGGAAGUUGUUUCCGGUACCCCCUACAACCCAAAACUGGCUGACGUCUGGUCCCUUGGGAUAAUCCUAUUUAUCAUGCUAAACGCCUCCAUGCCCUUCGACGAUUCGAACCUAAAGAAACUAUUGAAGGAUCAGAUGUCGAGGAACUGGAUGUUUCGAUCCCGAGUGCGGGAAACGGUAUCUGCACUGGCAAAGAGCAUCGUGAAACACAUUCUGGAACCGGACAUUACUUUGAGGCUAACGCUAGAAAGGGUUCUAGGUCAUGAAUGGGUAUACACGAAAAAAGAGAAACCUCGAUCUCUUACCGGCCGAUUAGUACAUUCAGCACCGCCUAUUCACGCGCAGACUUGCGGUGGCGGAGGAAAUUUAGUUGGAGCAGGGGCUGCAGGGGGUGGCAACGUACCCGUAGUACUAAGAGGAUUACCGUCAUUCAAAAAUACUGAGAAUCAAAAUCAUGGUACCAUCGUAAAGGCUACGGACAAUGCGGGAAAAGAUACACAGUUGUCUGCCAUUGAAUGAAGAAACAUAGGACCGACAAGGAUGAACCAGCGUCGUUCGUGCGUCGAACGUCGACGAACACACGAAUGUUUAUAAUACAUUUUUUUUUACAUUGCUGAUUAUUGUUGAUAUAUACAUGGUUUUUAAUAACGCAUACUUUUAAUAAAGAAUAUCACAGUUUUAA